CAACAACAAGAAACAAACAACAACAGAAUCAUCUCUGCACAUCAUCUUCUUUUUUUUUGGACAACACACAUCAUCUGCUUAUAACUAUCAAAAGAUGCAAACUCUAAGAAGCUUUAGCACGAGGACAAGAAGCCGUCGUGGAGGCUACGAGAGAGUGAGUGAUGAUUCAACUUUCAGUUUACUCGGAGCAAAGCUAAGAAGAUCAACGAGUGUUCCUUACUACGCACCAUCUAUAAAGCUUGGUGCGGGUGGUGUUCCGACCAUACUCGAGGAGCUACCUCAUCAAAAAUCCAAGAAAGUCAAAGCAACAAGCAAAUUUAGCCACCCUAUUUUUAGCUUUUUAUAUGGGAAGAAGAAGAAGCCGUCGACAACAAGGAAGCCUGAGUUUUCUAGGUAUCUUGAGUAUCUCAAAGAAGGUGGUAUGUGGGAUGCGAGAACUAAUACUCCUGUUAUUUAUUACAAGUAGAUGGUGAUCUUAUGGAAUAUGAAAAAUCAAGUUUUUGUUUAAUUCAGUUGAGUUUUUAUUUUUUUAUUGUUUGGUGAUGAUAUUUGUAUAUUACAAUCGUCAAUUCAUUCAUUUGAUUUAUAAGAAUACAAGUGGUGGAAACAAAGUUGUAUGUUUUGGAGCAAUUUCUAUUCGGACAUGAUACAAAAGUUCCAAAGCAAACAUUAGAUGAAUCAAUACAAUAAGUCCCAAGGUCAGACAGGACUGGUUUGACUAUGUAGGCAUGUGCACUUUAAACGGUUGCCGUUUUUAGGAGGAAGUUUGAAUAGUGAAUGUUUACUAGUUUUGGAC